GGCUGUGUUAAACAUUGUGGACUUGAAUAUUGAUACUUUCUGAUGGGCUGUGCUGACAGAUUCAUGUUUUUGGUUUGUCUUUUAUUUUACUUUAGACUCCCCCUUUGUCUCCUCUUUGAGAUGAGGAGGGGAUUGUUUUGUAGUAUUAAAACUGUUAAUAAAACCCCCCUCUAAAGUUUAAAAUCAGUACAAAACAUGAAUUGCCAUGCAGUGUGUGUGCACAUUUGAAGCCAAACUAUUGUUGAGUCCCCCCCCCCCUUUCUGUUGUUAUUAUUUAAGUACAGACUAGAAGAAGCUAAAAUGCACAGAGUGCCUGCUACCUUUUGGCAAGAAGUGUGACCUGUGUGAAACCUUUUCUUCUGAAGUGUUGUUAUUUGGCUCUCUAAAGCGGUCCUCUCACUGCCAGGUCCUCUCACUACCAUCUUCCUUAGACGGAGGUUGCUUCUGUCACAUGAUGUGGAAAAAGGGGGAGGAAUCUUUUAAGAACAAGAUUUGAUGUGUAUGUGUGAAACUCACCCACAGUGGCAACAAAGUUUUGCAAAAAUUUACAAUUUGAGCUUCUACAUGGACAGCUCACCCCCUCCCCUUCCCCCUUUUCAAAGCAAAGACUUCAGAGCUUUGGAACCCAAUUAUAAAGAAAGGGGCUCCUUUGAGCAUUUUAUUAUUGCUUUCCAUUCACCUCUGAGUAAUACCUUAUAUUACAAAGAGGAGGAAGGGCUUUUGGGCAUGCUGGGACCCUUGGGUCUCCUCUUCAUAGGAAUAUAGUUAGAGAGGAUCCCAAUUUUGCUAGCACUGAAAACACACAUUUCAUAUGAGCAAACAUCAAUGAACUGAAGUGACUUUGUAAAGAAGAGUGGGCCAAAAUACCUCCACACAACGAGGUGAAAGUCUGAUAAAAGCCAUACCAUGUGUGAAGCACUAAGUUAACGUUAUAGGUAAAAAAACUGCUCCUUUUCCCUUAUGAGGUACCCAAGAGCCCAUAUAGAGUCGUUUUGUAGGUUCUCUUUCGGUAGGAGAAAACAACCAGAGACCAACCAGAGAAUAUUGAGAAGCAAAGCAGCUAGUAAGCCUGAUCUUCAUUAACUGUUGCAACAGGGUGCUCCCCCGUACGCAGGAGAGAGGAGGACGACCAAACCAUGAGACCAGGGCCCUGCAGGAUUUAACCUCCUUCUGCAGGGCCUGUAAGACAGAGCUAUUUCGCCUGGCUUUCAAUUUGAAUUUAGCCUGAUCCUAACCCCUUCCUUCCCUCUCCCUCCUCUUUUUAUGAAGAUUACUUGCUCUGGGAUCCCACAGCUAAUUCUCCCCUGGCCUCCUCGCUGGCCCAAAUAGGACUAAUUUAGCCAGCUAGCCCUAGUGAUCAUCUAAUGUUUAAUGGAUGGAUUUCCCCCUAAAAGGUUUUUUGAACUUUGAGUUUAUUGUUAUUCACGCUUUUAUACUGUAUUUUAUGCUUUUUUUUGUUGUAUCACAAUUAAGUGUUUUAAAUUUGUUGUUCGCCACCCUGAGCCCGGUUUUCUGAACUGGAAAUUGGGGGAAUAAAUAAAAAAAUAUUAUUAUUAUGUGUGCUUGCCCUUAAAUAGCCAUUUUGAAAUUCCCUGCCCUGGAGCUCUAGACCACUCCUCCAUAUAUCAUACAUGCAUCCUGGAAGGGGUGUAGCCCAAGACCACCCCCCCAGACACAUCAUACCUACAUCACAGCAAAGGCGGUCUACAACAGAAAUCUGAGUGCAUUGUUUUUACCCUGUCUGCCAGGUUACCUGUCACUUGAUUGGAUUACCUGGGGAGUCUGGCCAUUCUUUUGUAAUGAUACUUAAUUCCUGAGCCAGGUCAUAGGCUCAUCCUAUUCACACCUUAAAUGUGCCCUUAAGACAGAAUUUGUGAAGACAGAGACAAUGGGGGAGGUUUCUCAUUUCCUUGCAGAGAAAUAUUUGAGGUAAUUUUGGGAGAGAGAAAAUGGUUUCAGGACUUUUCUGUGGGUUUCAGACAUGUGGUUUACAUAUUUGUAUGUGUUUGCUUGGUACAUUUAUGAACAUUUAUUUUAUAUAUAUAAUAUAUAUAAAUUCUUAUAACAUUACAUUCAGUAGCUUGUAUAACCACCUUUAGCAGUGAUAAUUUGAAGUAAUUGUUUUCUGUAUGACUUUUUUAAAAAAAUUAAAUAUUUUCUUAAGUAAAUAAAAUAUAUAUAUAUAGUUUUAAAGUCACACAGAAAACAGUUGCUUCAAGUUAUUGCUGCUAAAGGCGGUUCUGCAAGCUACUGAAUAUAACUUAGUUCUUCACACAUGACUUCUCCAUUUUGGCUUUUUUUUGUUGUUAAAUACAUCAUGACCCAGUGUAAUAGGUCAUGUGGUGUUGUUUAUUUGAGGUUAUAUUUACCUAUUUUAAGAGCUGCUAAGGAACAGGUGGUUGAUAUUAUGUCCCAAUAUGUAAAACCAUAGAAUCCAGAGGGUGCACUCCCCCCCCCCAAAAAAAUGUAUAGCAGACAGGAUGCAUUAGAAUCCAUUGUUGUUGGGUGAAAAAUGCUUUCUGGGAUUUUUGUUCUGAAAGACUACCCAACAGUACUGUCCCUGCCAGAUAUAACUUGCAAGUACUGUAAAGGAGCUGUUUUAAUUGAUGGAUCACUGGAGAAGGAGGUUUAUUAUUUGCUGCUUUGGAAGAAUGAACAAAUAAAUGGAAAUGCAGUUAUUUUAAAGGUUGUAUGUUACUGUAUCAAUUAUGUCUGAAUCUGUUAAUUGCCUGUAUCAAGUUUAUGAGGCAACUAAUACAUAUAAGUAACGUCUCCAUAUGUGUAAACUCCUCAAGGGUUUUGAAAGAGGUUUCCUGGCCUGUCUGGUGCUGAGGAGAAACAGAACAAAAUACCUCAAAAUCAAGUUUGGACAACAAAAAUUAACAUUUUUUUGUUAAUUACCUCACAGAAACGCUUCGGCUAUUGCGCAUGCGCUUAAAUGGAACUUUUCCCUCCACCCCCCCCCCCGUCCCCGCCAUAUUGUGCAACGGUUUUCUCUCACGCUUCACCGACAAACUGCUGCGCACGCACACUACCAACCACCGCUACCCAGCGAGCUUUGCUCGGGUCUCCUUUUUCCUCCUCCCCUUCCUUAGCUCACCAUUUCUGCGAGCGCAAGCGCAGUACGCAGCCGAGUGGACCAUACCAUUCUCGGUUUAUGGCUAGAGGAAGGGGAGUGCCAUCAACUUUCCUCUCAAACAAAUUAUUUAAACGGGGCCACCCCCGAUAAGCACGGGCUGGGAAGGCAACACCAAACCGGAAGCCCUAUUUGCAGUCUACGGAGUUCUCUUCGGAGCGGAUAACUCCUCAGCGUCUCGAAAAGACCCCUGUCGCCUCCCCGCGCGGUCAGGAUGGACCGUUCCGAGAACGCGCCUUCGAGCCUCUUGCUUUUGAGGGGAAAGAGGGCGCCGCCAUUUUGUCGGCAGGGAGGGAAAAACCGCGGAGGCCCGAGAGUCCCCCUCCUCUUCCUCGCGCGGCACACGCAGGGGCUGGAACUCACCGUCGUCGUCCUUUGGUCGGUUGUUCCCUCAGGCCUCGCGCCGACGGUAAGCGAGCGGGAUCCGAGGCUGAGAGGAAACCUGGGCCCCGCUCCCGAGCUGGCUUGGGGGUGGGCCGAGGCGGCCUAGCGGAGGCCUCAGGGUGGCUUUCGGGCCUAGCGCGGGAAGGCCGGGAAAGUGAGCGGUGAAACGUGGAGGGCCGUUGUCGCACACGGUGUAUCUUUUGUGGAAUAAACUAGGCUCAGGACGUCCGAUUCGAAGCACAUAUAUAAGUAUACAGUAUAUAUAUAUAUAUAUAUAUUUGUGUGUACAGUAUAAAGGCCGUUGGCUGCAGCGCAGCUUACCUCAGAGUAAACGAGCGCAGAGGGUUGACCUGUUAAACGCGCUGGGGCGGGGGGGAGGGGAGUCGAUCCUUUAUUAUUUAUUCUUUACAGUAUUAAUAAUAGCAAACGUGAUUUUUAUUCUUGGUAGUGGUAAGCAUUAAAAUUGUUGGUAAGAUUUAUAUUUAGUAUUAAUAGAAAGCGUUAUGUUUAUUAAUAAUGGCAAGCACAGUCUUCAUUAUUGUAAACAUUGCGUUUAUUAUUAAUUCUUAAGCAUGGUCUUUCUUAAUAAGGGCAAGUAUUAUAUUUAUCAUGUCUUUACAGCUGAACGUUCUGUGUGUUUACUCCGAAGUAAAUGUUAAUAUGUUGUUGAUGAUUAUGAUGAUGAUUUCUGAUUCUUAUUCAUGCUACACAAUGAGGUCUCAGGAUGGGUUACAGUAACUUAAAAAUAAAAUAUCAAAAAUUUUAAAAUACACUGCAAUCAAGAGAAUAGGGUGGGCCAGGUUAAAGAGGUGUAUCGAUGCAUCAAAUGUGUUCUUAAAUAUUUUAAAUUUUGAUGUUACUAAUGUAAUUUUUUUUAUUUGAAUUAAAAUUUUGUUAGGUGUGUUGAUAAUAAUGUAUUUCUAACUCCUACUAUUUGUGGUGGUGGUUACUUAUUACCUUAAUUUAUAGGUUACUAUUUUAUAAUACUAAUUUAUAGGUUACUAUUUUACAACAACAACAAAUUUUAUAUACCCUGCCCAUCUGGCUGGAUUUCUUUUACUUUUUAGAAGAGUAACCCACCCCAUCUGUACAUCCCAGGGUGGGAUUCAUAACAUCAUAGAAUUAUUGAGUCGGAAGGGACCACUAGGGUCAUCUAGCCCCACCCCCUGCAGUCCAGAAAUCUUUUGCCCAGUGUGAGGCUCGAACCCAUGACCCUGAGAUGAAGAGUCCUAUUCUCUACUAACAGAGCUAUUCUAGGCUUAUAAGCAAUUAAAUAUACAACAAUUCAACACUAAAAUGCACAACUUGAAACAAAUAAAGGUGCAUUUCCUCCAAUGAUCUCAAAGUAUUCUACAUGCUUCAGGUUACAAGAAAGGAGAACUUUCUAACAGUAAGAGCUAUGGACUUUCUUGGAAGGUGGUAGACACCUUCAUUGAGAUUUUUAAAUAGAGGUUGGAUGGCCAUCUGUCAUGGCUGCUUUAGUCAAGAUUCCUGCAUUGCAGGGGGUUGGACUAGAUGACCCUUAGGAUCCCUUCCAAUUCGACAAUUCUGUGAUUCCAAAAAUAACUUUUCUAGGGAUAUUCAUCCUUGUUUUCUAACAUUAUUUGAAAGGGGAAGCACAUUCUGAGUUCUACCAUUAGACAGAGGAGUAAGGGCCAAUGAAAGGUUGUAUAUUCUGUACUUUAGAGAAAACAUAUAAGGUCAUUCUGGCCCCCAGCCAUCGGCUGGAGACAUAAUAAUUACAGAGAGCUCCCCCCUCCCUGGCAGGAGGAACUCUUCUCCAACUGCCACUUGCCUUGGGACUGCUGAAGUCAGAGAAAGUGCUGUCUGACUUAAUGCUGCCAGCCAGAGCAGCAGAGGCCACAAGGUAGUUGAACCUCUUAAACCAGAUAUAAAUGCUUGUACCACUUGCCAUUUUCCUUUGGCUUUGCUUAGCUCAUUUCCAUAUGUUUCUCUUGUUUGUUUUUAAUUUUAUUUACAUUUGUAAGAUGAGGUCAGGACCUGAAGAUUAUUGAUUGAUAUGAACUGAUUUUGGAUACAAUUUUCAUCUGAAAAGCAGAAUAAAAUAAGAACUGGCCGAUUCAGUCAGUGAACACAACCAACUCUCAUCCAUUAAUUUCAGUGUGUCUACUCUGAGUAAGACUUUGGUAGCUAUAACCCAUAAUAUGUAUAAGAACACGGGAAGCUCUCCAACACUAGUCCAGACUAUUUGUAAAUCUAGCUCAAUAUUAUCUACUUUGAGUGAUAGUGACUCUCUAGUCUUUCAGGUAGAGGUCUAUUACAUAACCUAAUACCAUGUUGUUUUGGCUGGAGAUUCUACAGAUUGACCUGAGACCUUCUGCUUGUGAAGCAUGUGCUCUACCAUAGAACUAUGAUAAUUGUUUAUCUGUACUACUUAAUUAGGAAAACGGAGGGACAACUGUUUUUACUUCAGAGUGCCGUACAUAUAGUAAACCACUUCUACAGUAACUUGUUACUACCAACGAUUACAGUUUUUAAAAACUAGAUAUUAUUCGCUUUUCUCUUUUUUUAUUCUUUAGCAACACCACGGCAGAAAUGUCAGAAUACAUUCGGGUUACCGAAGAUGAAAAUGAGGAACCCAUUGAGAUUCCUUCAGAGGAUGAUGGGACUGUCUUGCUUUCCACAGUUACUGCUCAGUUUCCAGGAGCUUGUGGCCUGCGUUACAGGAACCCCGUGUCUCAGUGUAUGAGAGGGGUCCGAUUAGUGGAAGGAAUUCUGCAUGCACCAGAUAAUGGCUGGGGAAAUCUGGUGUAUGUUGUUAACUAUCCCAAAGGUGUGUGCUUUGUUUGUAUGUGCUAUUUUUUGCUUUUAAAAAAGAAAGAAUGAUGGAUAAUUUUUGAAAAUGAAAACCUAUAUAUGGAUAAUUUCUUUUCUUUUAGUUUGCCUUAGAAUUCCAAAUCCCUAUAAAUUGCUCAAAUUGUUAGGCAAUUGAGCAACUUUUAUUUUUUAUACCCCACAUUGAUCAACUAGAUUAUUAUUUUUUCUUGUGAACUGCCCUGAGAUCUUUAGUUGAAGGGCAGUAUAUAAAUUAAUAAUAAUAAUAAUAAUAGUAGUAGUAGUAGUAUACCUUUUUUUUAUUCUUUUAGAUACAAGUUGCCAGUGGCAGCAGUUUUAAAGGUGAAAAGGAUUAAAAUAAGACUUUCCCCAAAAUACAAGUGGGAGCAAUUGGUGUAUUUAUAGCAAAUACACUUUAAGGCUGGAAUCCUAAACACGGUUAUUAGGGAAUUAGCCUCAUUGAACACAGUAGUACUGAGUACAUGCAUUUUAAGGGAAACCUUUUAAAAGCCCUACAUUGAACAUUAAUGAGUUGGCUUCUGAGUAAAUUUAGGAUUGGGCUGCAUGUAGCUCUAGAAUGAUCAUCUCCACUAAAAUGUUUCAUUGCAACUAAUGGGAUUAUUUGUUUAGUUAUUUUUAAAAGUGCUGACUGUUUGAUGGACACAUCUAUCUUUAGACAACAAGAGGAAAAUGGAUGAGGCAGAUGCCUCAUCAGCUGUUAAGGUGAAAAGAGCAGUACAGAAAACAUCAGAUUUGAUAGUUCUGGGUCUUCCGUGGAAAACAACUGAGCAAGACCUGAAGGAGUACUUCAGCACAUUCGGAGAAGUUCUUAUGGUGCAGGUAUCUAGCUUUCUUUUCAAUAAACAGUUAUGUCCCUGGACUUUAGGGUAACUGUUGUACUCCCUAUCAUGAAUGCUGUGUUGUCCCUAAGUAAAACAACUGACCAUUGCUUCUGGUUAUGGAGAGGAGGAAGAGAACUCAGUCUGUUCCUUCUGUUUGCAUUUAGGCUGGCAACAGGAGUAACUACCCUUUCAUGAGCCACAAUUAGUUAAACCAUAGAAGUGCUACUAGAUAUUGCUUGACCCACUGCAAAAAUGGUGAAGUUAGCGAUUUCCUAUUUUUUCCCCUUACAACUUGCCACCCUGCCUAAGUUCUCUGAAGCGCUUCCCACUGGACUGCCUAAUUCAAAUAUAUAAAGCUGCUGUACAUUUAUUUACUUUCGAAUACUUAUAUAAGGGACGUGGGUGGCGCUGUGGGUUAAACCACAGAGCCUAGGACUUGCUGAUCAGAAAGUCGGCGGUUCGAAUCCCCGCAAUGGGGUGAGCUGCUCCUGCCAACCUAGCAGUUUGAAAGCAUGUCAAAGUGCAAGUAGAUAAAUAGGUACUGCUCCGGUGGGAAGGUAAACGGCUUUUCCAUGUGCUGCUCUGGUUUGUCAGAAGCGGCUUGGCUCCCUCGGCCUAUAGAGUGAGAUGAGCGCCGCAACCCCAGAGUCGGUCAUGACUGGACCUAAUGGUCAGGGGUCCCUUUACCUUUACCUUACUUAUAUACCACUUUAUAUUGCUGAGAGGUUCUCAAAAUGACUUUCAAAAGAAUUUCACAAUAAAAAUUGUAUCCCAACCUGGUAUCGAGAACAGAAAUUUCUUUUUGGUAACAGAAUUGUUGAGGUGCCAUUUCCUAUCCUCAGACAUCUGAUUUCCUUUGUGUUGUCCUCCGAGGCAAGCCAGUGGUACUGAGCAGCUAUAUGUGUUUCAGAAUUUGGCUCAAUUCCUGGUUUUAGUCUGUUUUGGUAUUGAGUUUUGUCAGUUGAAUUUAAUGUGGUAAAAAUGAAUAGUUGUGACAUUUUUCAUGCUGGUAGCUGGACUUGUUCAUCUAAAUCUGAGUCAUGUGUUUGUGUGUGAACCUUGAAAGUUAAAUGGCAUAUGCCACGAAUUUAACCUUUCUGCUUGAAUUGAAACUUGCACACACUGAUUUAACUUUUUGAUUGUCAAAAUAACAUUAUUUGAAGCUUUUUAUACCCUGUUCUUCAGCCAGAGAAGCUCAGAGCAGCUUACAUAAGAUUUGUAACAAACAAGCCAGUUCUUUCCCUCAGGCUUACAAUAUAAAAUGCAUGACUCAAGCUAACAAUGAAUGAGGAAGGAAGAAGCAAACAAGCCAAUUUGGACACCACUUCUUAAAGUUACAAAGCUCAUAUAAUGAUCAGCUUGAAUGGAAACAGUCCAGAAAGAGCCAAGCUGAGCUGGUUUCUCAGUAGAGCUGAUGGAGUGGCCCCUCCUCCAUUGUAUGCCUCGGCUGCAGCCAGAUAGAAUGAUGGUUGAGGAGGGACAGAGAAGCCUGGUUUCUAUGCUAUAGCUGUUAGCAAGGGAAGAUGCUUAAAGCAAGGUGAAAUAUUCUGAACUUUUUUUGCACUACAUUUUGAAAUUCAGUCUAUAACAUAGCUGAAUAGAAGUAGUACAUAAAUGCCAGCACAUUGUGAUUGUUGUUCUAGCCAUGUAAUCUCUUCUCUUAACUCCAGGUUAAGAAGGACAUCAAAACUGGCCACUCAAAAGGGUUUGGUUUUGUAAGAUUCACUGACUAUGAAACCCAGGUGAAAGUCAUGUCUCAGCGCCACAUGAUAGAUGGAAGAUGGUGCGACUGCAAACUUCCAAAUUCUAAGGUACUUAAUGUAACUUGUUCUAGGCUUUGUAAGUAUGUAAAGCCAAACUUGUCAAGAAUGAGCCCCAAAUAACAUAUAAAAUGAGAUGUUCUUUAGUUCUAAAUACAUUGGCUGGGGUUCAAAAUACUGCAUAAGCAUCAUCCCUCCAUGCCACAUAGCAGAUCACUUUUGAAACUGAUGGCACUUUUCAAAAUUGGUUAAAGAGGAACAGCAGACAAGUCCCUUUGAUCACAACUGAAAUAGUUCUUUGGGUUCUGGCUAUUCACUCACUGUUCCAUAUAGAACAGGGCUUAGGAACCUUUUUCAGACCACCUGAGCAACCUUUCAGGGGCCGUAUGCUUGUGGUAGGAGGGGUUAGUGGCAAAUGCAGCCUGAGUAUUUUGGUGUUGCCUUUAUCAAUGGGCUAGUUUCUACACAUCCCACAGAGCCUCCUAUAUUCCAGGCAAGCAAAAAGCAUUAUCAGACUUCAAGCACACAUUUCAGCCAGGUAAAAAUGCUCAGUUUUGGGUGCAAAGCAAGGCUGAUGAAGGAUAUGGGCUGCCAAGUACGGGUAUGGCAUGGUGAAAUCUCCAGGACCAAGUAGAGGGGCUUGGAGGCUCACAUUUGAUCCCCAAGCCUGAGGUUCCCCAUUUCUGAAAAAGAACUUCAAGGAAGUGUUCUUACUAUUGUAGCCAGCAUGUCAUGUUAAUUUCUUGCAGCGUUUGUCUAGGAGUGCAGGUGAAACAAGAAAUGGUUGUGCUGCUUCUCCCAGUUUCUCAAAAAUGUUUACAGUAUAAUUAACUGUCUUCUAAGCUUGGCACAAGUUCUGUGUUUAGAUUGUAACAUUCCUUGUUUGCUAGUCUGUUUCUAAUCCUAUGUUACUAUACAUUUGAGCAUCAAAAGAUACAGUUACAGAAUCUAGAAUGGGUUUCAUGGUUAGUUUCUGUUUAGCUGGAAAAUCUGUCGGCUCUUGUGGUGCGUACAACUGCGUCGGUAUGUUGGUUAUUACAAUAGCUAGGCAAAAACAUUUGUAUUAAUUGAAAUCUUUUGUUCUGCAUUGACACCAGCAAAGUCCAGAUGAACCUUUGCGUAGCAGGAAGGUGUUUGUUGGGCGUUGCACCGACGACAUGACUGCAGAUGAGCUCCGUCAGUUUUUUUCCCAGUAUGGAGAAGUGGUUGAUGUCUUCAUCCCCAAACCCUUCAGAGCUUUUGCUUUUGUUACGUUUGCUGAUGAUCAGGUAUUCAUUCAGGGCCCUGAUUUUUGCUGAUGUGUGGGCAACUUAUUCUUAAUCAUUGUUCAUUAAGUUUCUGUUUACUUAUUGUGUAUAAAAACCUUGUGCAGCAGGCUUAUGAGUGUUAAGACAGACUAAUUGCUGUCCUAUUGAAUGGCCAUCUUUCAUAAAUACUUUAGCUGAGAUUCCUGCAUUGUGGGGGGUUGGACUAGAUGAUCCUUUCCAAAUCUACAGUUCUAUGACUCUAUUAAUAGCAUUCCUAUUGGGUGCAUAUCACGUUCACUCUUAAGGUGGAAAUUUGGAAAGCUUGACCCUGGAGGUACCCCUGUUCACCGACUUGCUUAACAGAUGUAGCUGAAUACUUAUCCAACUUGUCAGUGUUCAGUUGCAGAGCUAGACACAAGGCAAGCCUUGUCCAGUGGAAUUAGUAGCCUCUAAACUUAUUGCCUUAAUUGUCUAAGCAUACAUAUUGCGCAUUUGUAGCACACCAAGUGAUUGAAAGGAGACUGAGCGGUGAAGAGGAAAAAACUCCUAGUUCUAGAACCUUUUCAGCUUGUUGCUGAGAAGCAGUAUGUUCUUGCCACAGACCAGUUGUUGAGUCACUGUUUACAAGUCUGUGCAAAGUAAUCUUACUGAACAGUAAACUGUAUAAAUUGUCAUUGAUAUAAAGAUAGCAUCUUUGUCUUAAAUGAAGGUGAUGUGAGCAAAUGUGCUGCUUCUUCCCUUGGCUGUUCAUAUUGAGCAGAAACAGUAAAGAGGUCCAGUGCACUUAAAAUGGAAUGUUCUCAUUCUACAGUGUCAUUCUUUACGCGGACUGAAUUUUCCAUUGCAAUGAGGGGACCAUUGUACUUUUUUACUGUCAUAGACCAGGAUAAGCAUAAAAUUAAGCCCUAUAGUUUUGUAUGUUACUUCGGUUUAAAGUUGCUUGCUUGUGCCUGAUUUUUGUUUUCAAAGUUACUCAGUCUGUGUACCUUAUUUCUUAUAGGUUGCCCAGUCCCUUUGUGGCGAGGACUUGAUCAUAAAAGGAAUCAGCGUCCAUAUAUCCAAUGCUGAACCUAAGCAUAAUAGCAGUAGACAACUAGAAAGAGGUGGAAGAUUUGGUGGUAAUCCAGGAGGCUUUGGGAAUCAGGGUGGAUUUCCUAACCGGGGGGGAGGUGGUGGAGGUGGAGGGUUGGGAAACAACCAGGGCAGUAACAUGGGUGGUGGGAUGAACUUUGGAGCCUUUAGUAUCAACCCAGCCAUGAUGGCAGCAGCUCAGGCAGCGCUCCAAAGCAGUUGGGGGAUGAUGGGCAUGCUAGCUAGCCAGCAAAACCAGUCUGGGCCAUCGGGGAACAACCAGCCACAAGGCAACAUGCAGAGGGAGCAGAGCCAGGGCUUUAGUUCAGGGAGUAAUUCUUACGGAGGCUCUAACUCGGGUGCAGCAAUAGGGUGGGGCUCAUCAAAUACGGGCUCUAGCAGUGGUUUUAAUGGCGGUUUUGGCUCAAGCAUGGAAUCCAAAUCAUCUGGCUGGGGAAUGUAGGCAACCUAAUAACUGACUCUGUGGUGGGAAAUCAGAUUUUUUUUCUAGAGCUCCUGGUAAGUAUAUUAUAAGAUGCAUAUACUGAAACAAAACUAAACAAAAAAAAAUCCAAAUUUGUUCAGCGUGUAGUAUAUUUCAACAAUAUUUUUGACAAAUUUUUCUUUUCUAAUGGGGAAUAAAAGGAAGAUUAAAUGGAGUUUUAUAGGUUUUGUUACAAUGAGUUGGAAUACAUGAGUUGGGAUAUUGAGUGGUUUGAAAGUGAACUGCUGUUCGCCUGACUGGUAAACGGACGCUCUGCAAUUUGAUAGGAAUUCGUAAAAAUUUGAUUCCUCAUUUCCUAGUCAGCUGAGAUCUUUGCAUGUUUCAAAAAUGGAAGCCAUUUUUCAGAAACAGCAUCCUUUCCUUGUUAGUUUUUUUUCUUUAAAAAUUUAAUUUGAUCCCCCGCCAUAAGAAUUUUUCUCUCUCUUUCUCUCCCUCCCCCUCCCCCAAAUGUCCUGUGUGGAGAAUGCAAUGUUGGUGUCGGCUUUUUUUCCUUUUAACACUGUCUCCCCUCCUCAUACUAAAGUACGGUAUGAAGACCUCAUUUAAUCCUUGCAGUUCAUCUCAUUUCAAAUGUGUAUGGAAGAAGCACUUCAUUGAAAGCAGUGCAGUUAAAAAAAACCUGCCUUAGGAAUACUCCUGUCUCCAUGCUUUCCUCAUCCAAGACUCCUUCAUCACACUGCACAUGCUACGUCUUAAGACGGUGGGUGUUCCAUUUUUAUCCGCUACUCUUUUUAUUUCAUGGAGUCGUAUUCAACGCUAUGAACGCAAGGCUGUGAGAUGGAACCAGAAGGCUUGUUUGAACUUUUGAAAAACCUUGUGUGGGAUUGGAUUGGAUUGGUGGUGCCGAGGCAUGUGAGGGCUUGGUAUGUGCGAGAAAAAGGAGGAGGCGCAUGCAAGAGAGAGACCUGGUGGUGCAUUUUGGGAUUUUUUAAAAAAUAAAAACAAAAAUUCUUGGCACGAUGUCCCUCGAUCCUGUGGCUUUGGUGAGAGUGUGCGGAGAGAGCAUUGGGAGCGGACGUACGAGUGUUUUUCUUGCAUUCAGAAGGACAUCGUGAUCUGGAAGAACUUAAGUGGGGGGGCUUUUUACUUAGUUAACCGAUUAGUUGGAUGUGUUAAGUGAAAUGAAUAUCUGUAUAUAUAUUUUUUCUCCUUUAUGUCAACUCUGCUGUGAAUGCUGUAUGGUGUGUGUUCUUUUCUGUUUAAUGAUCCUGUAAGUGUGGUAACGUGAACUGAAGGUGGGGCUUUUGAUGGGAACAUCCAGCUUGUGGUGUGCUUUGUGGGUCUUUUUUUUUUUUUGGUUUUUUUUUUGUAGCAGAGCUCACUUCCGAGCUUGGGGGUUCCCUUAUGGGUGGAAGAUUUUUUCUGUCUGUAAGAUAUCCAUAUGAAUGCUGUUUGCUGCAGUUCUGUGUUUGGAUGCUUUUUAUAAGAUUUGUCAAUGUAGGACAUUCUUAAAUAAAACUGAUUUAAGUAAUAUGUGUGUGUGUUUGACAGCCCCCAAAUGCAAAGAGUUCAUAGCAGUUAACUUUGUUUUUUUAUAUCUUAUGUUGGGAUAAAACUGUUGUAAAAAUUUAUUUGCUGUUUUAAGUUUGCUGUUCCAUCAAUGUAGUUGAACCCUGUAGCUCCACUCAAGUCCCAUCUGCGUAGCAUUUUGUGAUGAUACACAUCUGAAAUCCGGUUCUGCCAAAUGAGGUAUCCCAUCCCUGAUGAGCAGUUCCCUUUAGAAGACUGAGUGUUGGAGACAAGAGCCAAAACUCUCAGCAUACCUGUGGUAUUGAGGCUCCAGUGUAUUCUGUUUUAUGUGACUGAAUUGGUGGGCUACAGUAUUAAGUCCUCAGUUGGUUUCACCAUAAAGGACAUCCACUUAACCAUGUGUUAGUAGAAGUGUUAGGUUUUCCUGUGUAAAGGAGCAGAAUCGACAAGGUUGUCGACUCAGUAGUCCUAAAAACUUGUUAAAUUUGUUAAAUCACGAGGGUCAUUCCAUUACUUGAUUUAAAUUUUACAGCUUCCAUUUUGCAGACUCUGGAAAACUGGUAUAGUGCUGUUUCAUUGUGAAUUUUCCCCAAACCCUGAAAAGUUAGCUUCCAUUUUCCCUUCAAUCUGCAGUUUAUAUUCUUUCUCUUUAAAAGACUGAUAUGGACACUUAAAACGUGUUGUUGGGUGUUCAUACUGGCAUUGCUGUUUAUUGCUAAAAUCCACACAUACUCCAGCACCUGCCUCUCAUUGUAAAACAAAUCUGACUAUUCCAGAGAACAGAUAUUCUUGAAUAAAUUGCUUAACCUUUUCUGCACCUAAGUCACAUCCAUUGCCAAACUCUGUACCAUCUGAAUUUUGCAUUUUAGCACUUGCACUAAUACCAGCUACUGCUGCUGAGUAACACUUAAUAUGGUAUUCUCGGACCUCCAAAGGCUAAACUGUGUCAUCUCGGGAAGGAUCAUAAGGGUAAGUUUAAUACAUCGCUGGCAUGGUUUAAAUUAUUUUUAACUUGUCUUUUUUAAAAAAAGUUUAGGGCCAAGGGGGAACACAUGCUGUGAUAUUUUAAUCCCAGUAGAUCACUAAGGGUUCUUCUCUCCCCUCCCUCAGAUACCUAAGUGUAUUAAGAAAUGUUUUCAAACAUUAUUCAUAUCUUUAAUUUUUAUUUCCACCAGUGUGUUAAAGCAAGUUAAUAAAAGGUAUUCUCAUAACUUGAGUGUCGAGUCUUGUUUUGCUUUAACUUUCAAUAGACUUGCAUCUAUUAUGCUAAUGUGAUUUAAAGUGUCAAAUAAGGAGCACAGUCAGUUUAACACCGCUAGAAGGAUUAUCUUGCUAAUGAGCUUCAUUUAGUAAUAAACAGCAUAGUAAUUUAACAAAGGCCCUAUGUGAGCAAAUGUGUUUGUGUGUUUCGGUUACCUACUGAGCAUCUCUUAAUUACUGAGGCGAUGCUACUCAAAUAGAUGUAGUGUUGACAAUUUCCUCUUGCAGUCCAAAUUUGUGUGGGUGUGAAUUGAGUCUUGGAGUGCUUUGGUCUCAGCAGUUGCAAAUGUAAUGUUGCAGCUGAUUAAACAGCACCUCUGGGGGUCUUGUCCUAUUCCUCUGAGCUGUAUGUAUCUGUUUUGGCUGUGAGUACACCCUGCUUAUAAGAACAGAAUAGUUUCUGAAAUCUUUUCUCAGUAGUAGGGCACAGGGGAGUUCCAUGGGUGCUACAGCUUUGUCA